GGGGCGGGCCGGCCCACCUACAGCGACUUCCUGGCCUUCCUGGACAAGGAGCCGCGUGCCCUCACCGCCUUCCACGUCAUCGAGACGCGGCAGCCACCCCGGCGCCUGGCCCUGACGCCCACCCACCUGCUCUUUGUGGCCGACAAUGCCUCGGCGCCCGCCACCCAAUUCCGCCCCACCUUCGCCAGCCACGUGCAGCCCGGACACUUCGUGCUGGUGGCGGUGGGCUCGGGGGGGCUGCAGCCCGCCGAAGUGGUGGGGGUGCGGGGCCGGACAGACGUGGGGGCUUACGCCCCGCUGACGCGACACGGGACGCUGGUGGUGGACGACGUGGUGGCCUCGUGCUUUGCCCUGGUGCGGGAGCAGCAGCUGGCACAGAUGGCGUUCUGGCCGCUGCGACUCUACCACAGCCUGCUGGGGGGGCCAGGGGUGCAGGGCGAUGGCGUGCACUGGUACUCGGGGCUGCUCUACCGCCUGGGCAGGAUGCUGCUGCCCCCCGACAGCUUCCACCCGCUGGGGGUGCCCCGGGCCCAGAGCUGAGAGUGUGCCGGCGGAGGAGGUGGCAGUGCGGUGACCCACCCCCAGCUGUGCCCACAUUGGGCUGGGGGGCUGCAUCCACACUCAAGCCGUGGGGGCUUUGCCCCGCACACCCCCUCCUCGCCCCUUUGCUGGUGGGAUCCACAUGCUGCUAUUUGUGUGUGUGCGUGUGAUGUGCGUGUGUGUGUGCAGAGCUGGGGAGCGGGGACCAGAGGUUGUACCCAGGGCUCCCGGUAGCUGCAGCCUUAUGGGGAGGCUUGGGGAGGGGCUCUGGGUGCUUUGUGGGGUGAUGCCAUUCCCAGCCCUGGAUUGUGGCAGCUGGAAAGAAGGGAAUGUGGGUACUGGGAGCAAAAGAGAGGCAUACCCAAAACAGUGCCUUGUAUGGAGGAGAUGGCGUGGAUGUGGCAUGAGACCCAUGCAUGGGUGCUGCCAGGCUUGGAAACAGGACCCAAAGGCAUCACCGCAGCCAUCCUGACUGCAGGGACAGUGUAACAGCAUGGGGGAGCUGCUCUGGGAUCGCACCCCGAGGAUGCAGCCCUGCAGGAGCAGCACAGAGGAAGCAUCUCCCUCCUCACUUCCCCCAGGCUCAGCCCCAAAUCCCUGCAUUUGCACGCAAUGCUAUAAACCCCCCAGGUGCUGCCCUCCCACCCCAGCACCCCAUACCCUCAGGGUAUCUCAUUGCUGCUCGCCUGCUCUGGGGGCCUGGGGAGGUCCCAUCAGAGCCACAGCCACAGUCACACGUCUUUAUUUAUUUAUCUGCUCUUUGUAUGUACCAUAGCCGAGAGGCACCAUGGGCGCGUGCAGGGUAAGGGGAACGGGAGGGUUGGACAAGCUGGUUUAUUUGGGAGGGGGGAUUUUUUUUUUUUUUAAUGAAAAGCAGAAAUUAUUUAAAGAUUAUUUUAAAGCACAGUUUUGAUGGUGAUUGUUGUCCAGGGUGAAGCAAGCUGACAGCAGGUGUACUUUUGUCUCUUCACUGGAUGUACCUUUCCUGGUCAGGGACAUGGCCCAAUAAAUCUGUCAUCUUCCAGG